AAUGUUCAUCAUUUCUUCUAGCGAGAGAGGUUUUCCUUUUAUCUUUCCUGGUCGCACACGCGCUUCUCCAGGGCUUCGUGAUACUUUGCUUCUAUCUCCAUACAGCACUCUCAGCAUCCCUCGCGAAAGUGAGCAGAACCCAGACAACUAGCUUCGAGAAAUCAAGAUUCUCGUCGUACCUACUCGGGCUGUAUCGCUAUAUAACACCAUCAAGACUGCUGAGCGGAGAAGACUGGGCGCAAUAUGUCAGGAUGUCCUCCCUUCCCAGGAGUAGGAUUAUCAAUAGAUUCUACCGACCUAGAAGAACGAUUAUCGAACAUUCUUCGGCAUCACAAAAUGCUCAAAGCAGGUUUCGAAAGGACAGUUUCGAAGUACGAAGAAGGCUCAGAGGACUCUUCCCAAUCCCGGAGGCGUCUGCUCAUCUGCGGACUUCUCGAUCUUUACGCCUCUAAACGUCCCAGUGGGUUUGUGAGAGAUCCCCGAGACAGACUGAGUAAGGAGCAAAGAUCGUUCAAAGAUGAGCUGAUCCAAGAAUACGGUUCCCGGAGCCCCAAGAAACACAAGGAGGGCGAUUACCUAUGGUGUCCUGUACUUGGUCGAUACUGCCACACCAGCGACAUGAGACCUACCCCCAUCGUUUCUCAGAACAUUCCAAGAAAGCUCAUUCAGGGGCUUUGUGGGCCAUUGGCAGCCGCACACUUGUUCUCGGCUAGAAAUGGCUUUUUGUUGUCCCGCAGAAUUGAGAUGGCUUUCGUCACCGGCCAUACUCAUUGUCCAGACAGAGGAUUCACCUGCAGAUAG